AAAUAAUACACUUCUUUAUUUAAUGGCAAGAUACCAAGCCAAAAAUAUUUUUAGGUAUACUUUUUGGCCGAUUUUAUAAAACAAAAUCCCGAAAAGUCAGACAAAUGUUUUCUGAUAUAGAGUAGGUUGGCACUAUUAAUGAAUCACCCAUUAUAUGUAAUGUUAUAAUAAUGGUUAUAAAUUUAUUACAAAUUAAAGGUAACAGUUGGUAUCGAAUAAAUAAAAAACAUUUUUUCUAUAUUCUACCUAUGGUGUUUUCUUUAAUUUUAGCACAUAUUAAAAUGGAAACCAGAGGGAAGCGUUUAGUAAAUUUAGUUUGCCAUAAAGAUCGAAAAAUUUUGGAAUUUAUUGAUAAGCCUUUAUAUGAAACAACGAAAGGUGUAGAUUUAAAACUUAUUGAUGUACCCCAUCUAAGGAAGACGUUACUCGAAGAUUCACCUGUUCAAAGUUCAUCGAAACCUGUAGCACUUAUUUCACCGAUAAAACGAUGUGUUGAAAAUAGCGCAAACAGAGCAAAGAUAAACUUAACUGAAUAUAUGGAUUACAAUGAUGUUAGUCAUUAUGCAGAUAGAAACCAAAGUCAAGUCAGUACAGAACCGGUAAAAGGUAUGGUCUAAGAAGCAGAACAGUCGAAUCAGAUAAUAAUACUGAUUCGGAAUCUAUACAUGACCCAUUUGAAGAUUCUGGUAGUGAAUAUUCGCCGAAUGUUAGUAGUAUUGCUUCCAGUUGUUCAAGUAACAGCAAAAAUAACCAAAGCUCAAGACAUAUUUAUAAUACUGAAACAAGAAAAUCAACGGUUGUUCGUUCAAAUAUAGAAAAUGAAAGCCUAUCAAGAACAAAUUCUUCGGUAGUUGAUAUAAAUAUAAUCAAAAAUUUAAAUUAUAUUUAUAAAGAAACAGAUGAAUCAAUUAUGUCGUCAUCCUCAACAGACGAUGAAACUAAAUUAGAUAUUGAAAUUAAAGUUCAAGAACCUAUAUUUUUUAAAACUAAUCAACAAAACACCGUUAAUAAAAAUCGAAUACGAGAGAAGGGUCAUUUCUGUUAUUUUUGCCAAAAAAUAUUAUGUAAUAAUUUGGCUCGUCAUAUUGAGACAAUACAUGGUAACGAGAUCGAGGUAGCCAAAAUUUUAGCCAUGCCCAAAGGUUCAAAGAAACGUAGGGACGCAUUUCAAAAUUUAACCAAAUAUGGAGAUUUUUAUCAUAAUUGCGAAGUAUUAGCUACUAAGUGUGGAGAUCUGAUUUUAACGAGAAGGCCCUCGCUGCGAGAAGAAAAAUAUACAUCUAUCCAUGAUUAUGGCCCUUGUCCGGAAUGUUUAGGCUUUUACUUAAAAAAACAUAUUUGGUAUCAUUUAAAAUAUAAAUGUACCAUCAAAUUAGACAAAAAUUUAAAAAAAAUCAAUGAAAAAUUUGCAUCAAAGGGACCAAUUGCUGAGAGUUCAGCAUUAUUAAAUGGUAUCUUGGGUAGAAACUUUACACUUUCCUUUACCGAAAACGUGUUAAAUAAUUUUAAAACCGACCAAAUUUCUAACCUAGUUAAGUCGGACGAUACAAUUCUUCGGUUUGGUGCAUUUCUUUUUGAGAAAUACAAUACCACCCAAGCACAAUUCAUACGUCAAUCAAUGCGCCAACUUGGACGUUUAGGUUUGGAAUUGAAAACUCAAGGAGAGAUUUUUGAAAAUUUCAGCGAAAUGCUUCUUCCUGAAAAAUUUGAUGCCAUUGUAAAUGCAACAAAGGCCCUUUGCAAAACUCAACAUGACGACCCAACAAAAAAACCAGAGUUUCAAAUACCAUCAUUGGCGUUGAAAAUAGGACACGCAAUUAAAAAAUGUGCCGCUAUUGAAAGGGGACAAAGUCUACGAAAAGGGGAUAUAAAAAAGAAUAAUAAACUUUUGUCAUUUUUAGACCUACUUAAUUUAGAGUGGAGUAUUAGAAUUUCUACACACGCUUUGUCCACUUUGUAUUUAAGAAAGCAAACUGCAGCAGAUUUAUUGCCAAUCACUAGUGAUUUGGUAAAGUUAAGUGAAACAGCUAAAAUAACACUUGAUCAAUUUGCACGAAGGCCAGAUUGGAAAAGUACUGGAACUGAAGAGAUGAAAAAUUCAUUAUCACCAAUUGAACUAAAACUGGCCUCCAGCUUAACAAUCCUAAAAGUAAUCGGGAAGCGAGGUAGAAUUGUGCCUAUUUUAUUAACAAAAGAACUUAAGGAAUCUGUCGAAUUACUAAUUUCUAAGCGUGCACAGUUUGGUAUAGCUUGUGAAAAUCCCUAUAUAUUUGCAAUUCCUAAUUCGAAAACAAGUCAUCUUAGAGGUCACGACUGUCUUAAAAAAUGGUGCCAAGAAGCAUGUUUAGAGUCACCGGAACUAAUUACCAGCACAAAAUUAAGAAAAUGUGUCGCUACUGUCUGUCAAGUUUUCGACUUGACAGAGAACGAAUACGAUUGGUUGGCCAGGCAUUUAGGACAUGAUGUACGGGUUCAUAGGGAGUUUUAUAGGCUACAAGAAAAUGCUGUAGAGUUAACCAAAGUCAGUCGCUUACUAUUAGCAGUAGACCAAGGCGAAGCUCAUAAAUUUAGUGGCAAGCAGUUAAAAGAUAUAAAUAUUGAAGACAUGGCAGCACUAAACGAAACCACCACAAUGGAUACAGUUUCAGAUAGUGAGGAUGACAGUACCCAUAAUUUCUCCGAAGGUACCGAACAAAAUGAAGAGCUUGUUUUAAAGGGGAAAAAACGAAAAAGUAGUGUCAGCACAAUGGAAAAAACCACCAGCAAGAAAUGUUCAAAACGACCAUGGACCGAUAACGAAAAGAAAAUUAUGUAUUCUAAAUUCACAAAAUUUAUAAAAAAGAAUUCUUUACCAGGUAAACUAGAAUGUAUGGAAGUAAUUGAAAACCAUGAGGUUUUUGCGGGAAGGAAAUGGUCAGACUUAAAAUUUUUCAUUAAAAAUCAUUUAUCUAAGAUUAAGAAGAUGAGUUCCAUUUCUUAG